AUGGGAUCAAGAAAGAUAAUGCAAAAGCAAGAGAUAUACUUACGCACCCGCCAAUCAAUUCCCCAUGGACCUAAGCUCCUCCAAUUGCUCUUUGAUCUGAUCCUGCACCAGCUCCAGCCGCUUGGAGAAAACCUCCAACUCCAAUAUUUGUUGCUUCCUCCACCUGUUGUUGGCCACCUUAUCCCCUCCUCCUCCAAUGGCCGCCGCAAAACCCAAGGGCAGCGGGCUUCGUGUCAGCUCAUACCCAGGCUGUCCACAGAACAGCCCAUGUGGACUGUGAUUGGAGUUCAUAGAAUUGCUCAGCAGCUCCUUGAAAAUGGCCACAGCAGGUGGUGGCUGAGUACAAUUAUUGAUGUUACCAAUGGAGGCAUGAUGCUGUCUUUCCUCCAUUUUCACCAUGCCAGCUCGGUUCCUCUUCUUGGGCCGUGGGGUUUUGCUGUUUAUGUCGAUGCCAUUAAGCUUAGGGCUUUGGCAAUCUGCAAAAUUAGGGUUGUUGAGGUCAUCAUCAUCAUCCUCGAUGGGGACAGUGAUUGGGGCAGGGGCAGCGACAGCAGGGAAGGCGGAGGACGAGACGUUGACAUUGAACGGGGGGAGAUUACCCCAAAUUUUAGCGGAGAUUUCAAAGGUGGCCUGCUCGUGGGGGCUCUUGAAGGUGUAGUCCUUGCCGGAGCCGAACUUGUUGAUGAUGUUGCGGUACUUCUUCUUGAGGCGCCGGAGCUUCUCAACGAGCUGGUUCUUGUUGAAAUCGAGCUGGAAUUUGCUCCUGAUCUGGUCGUAGAAGGCGGUGGUGUCGUGGUGGUGCUGGGCGGAGCCGUGGGGCCCUCGGUGUUGGCUGGUGUAGUCGAGGAACCCCUGAAGCAGCUCGAUCUCGUCCUCGCGCUGGAAGAGCUUGCGGGACUCGUCGGGUGGGACCGGCCGGCGAGCGAUCACGAUCUCCUGGGUCUGCUGUUGCUGCUGCGGCUGGUGGUGGUGGUUGUGGUGGUGGUGGUGGUGGGUCAGGUGCGGAUCGGGGAUUCCGGGGACGGCGAUGGUGACCUGGGCGUCGGAGGCGGAGGGGGGAGGGCGAUCGAGGGCGAGGGCGGCGGAGGAGGCGGAGUCGUCGUCGUCGUGAUCGGAGAAUUCCUCAUCGUCGAGGAGAUCCUCGUCUUCGUUGAAGUGAUCGGGGGCGACGGGGUUAUCGGCGGAGGCCAUCGGAGCAAUUUGGGGUUGGGCUCGGGCGAUGAGGGGGAAGAUGGUUAG